AUGUCUACCGAUGACCAACUGCAUACUUUCAUCUCUCGUCACCGCCUUCUACUUGCGAAGGAGCGCGAUGCGGAGAUAGAGAGGACAUCACUUCUCCUGUCAAAUUGUGGUCCGAAGCUACUAGAGCAGAAGGGUCUUGCCUUGGGAGGACUUGGGAUCGCGAGCAUGAACAUCGGCUUGGGAGGAAAGACUUUAGUAGAGUUGGAACGACCGACAGCAUAUCAUUCGACGCCACUUUUCCCACCUCAUACGUUCAGGCCAGGCGACCUUGCCCGGAUAGAGGAGAACAUAUCUACCAGUUCUGCGAAUAAAAAGACCGCUAAAGGCAAGAAGUCCGGAAGUUCAGAGACUCAACGAGGGAAAGGCGUGGAAGGCGUGGUAUACAAGGUUUCAGACACCCGCGUAGUCAUCGCAAUCGACGCGGAAUCAGGCGGAGAUGACCUUGACCUCCCUGAACGCUCCCGCUUGCUCAAACUUGCGAACAGUGCCACAUAUGACAGAAUGGAGAAUGCUUUGGAUCAGCUAGAGAGACUUGUGCUGCCAACCUCUGACGUCAACGCGAAGGACAGAUUCCAGCCGAAGAUGACACCUCUAAUACGCGUCCUUAUGGGAAUGUCACAGCCUUCCGAGAAAGUUCCCAUCAAAGACAUCAAAAUUUUCGACGAAUCUCUGAAUCCGAGCCAAAAGGAUGCGGUCAAAUUUGCUUUGGAGUCACCCGAAGUUGCAUGUAUACAUGGACCUCCUGGGACGGGAAAGACUCAUACCUUGAUCGAGGUUAUAAGACAGUUGACUACUGUCUCUUCCUAUAACUCGAAGACAUUGAGACUCCUCAUCUGCGGUGCCUCAAACAUGUCUGUGGACAACAUACUAGAGAGAUUGCUAGAGUUACCCGCUCCAGAGAGUGGAGAGAAGCUCAAGGUCACUCGUGUAGGCCAUCCCGCUCGUGUUAUGGCCCACGAGGGUGUGAUUGAAUCCACUUUGGAAGUGAAAGGUAGUCGGAGUGACCAAGCCGCGUUAGCCAAGGAUGUCAAGAAUGAACUAGAAGCUGCGCUUGGUAUCCUAUCUGGCAAAGGCAAGGGCGCGAAAGGGAAGGCACCAAGAGGGGCGGAACGGAGGAAGAUGUGGGAAGAGGUGAAGGCCUUAAGGAAAGAAUAUCGUCAACGAGAAGGCGGGGUCGUAGAGAGCGUUCUCGCCGAAUCCCAUAUUGUAUUGGCCACUUGUCACUCCUCUGGCGGAAGGCAAUUACGAAACCAUGAGUUUGAUGUUGUGAUUAUUGACGAAGCUACCCAAGCGCUUGAGGCUGUGUGCUGGAUCCCAAUAUUCAAAGGGAAGAAGCUCAUAUUGGCAGGCGAUCCUAUGCAAUUACCUCCUACAAUAUUGUCCAUCGAAAAGAAGAAAAAGAAGAACGUAUCUGGUGAGGGAAAGGCGCAGAAAGCGCCACAGAAAGUCAAAGCGACAAUUAAGCCCUCAAUGCCUUCUGCAGACUCAAAAGCCUCAGAUGUUCAGGCGAAACCAUCCAAUAACCCAGUCAACCCGGAAGAGCAGGAGGGCGAGUCUUCGGAUUCUCCAGACUCGAACUCCAGCGAGAGCGCCUCCGCGGAGGACGAAGUCGAUGCUGAUGCUUCAAAAGAUGCGGCUGUUAAGGUAAAGCCUGCACCUCCACCCAAAACCAAUUCAAAGAAGGAAGCAAGAUCAAAACGUUCUGGUCUCCGUCCACCUCGAACGUUGGAGACUACGUUAUUCGACAGACUGGAGAAAAUGUACGGGCCAGGUAUCAAGCGGAUGCUGAACGUCCAAUAUCGCAUGCACGCCCAGAUCGCCGCUUUCCCAUCGAAAGUCAUGUAUCAUUCGAAGCUCAAAUCGCAUUCGUCCGUGUCUGGGCAUCUCCUGCGUGACCUCCCCAACACGAAGGCGGAUACAGAAGAAGAUGAAAAAGAGAUGCUGUGCACUCCGGUGAUGUUCUUUGACACUGCAGGUUGCGAGUACUACGAGCGGGUGGAAGGUGACGGAGACGAGGGCAGUCGUUGCAAUGAAAACGAGGCAUCCGUUGUUAAGCAAUGGGUAGAUCAAUUGGCUGGCGUCGGUGUUUCGCCCUCUCAGAUCGCGAUCAUCACUCCGUACCAAGCCCAGGUGUCCCUUCUGACGUCUUUGCUUCGUCCUGUCUAUGGCCUUGGUAUGGAAAUCGGGACUGUGGAUGGUAUGCAGGGUCGUGAAAAGGAUGCAGUCGUGAUUAGUCUCGUUCGCAGUAAUGAGAAGCGAGAGGUUGGCUUCUUGAAAGACAAGCGGCGACUGAACGUGGCUAUGACGCGGGCGAAACGCCAUCUGUGUGUGGUGGGCGAUUCUUCCACUGUUCAGCAUGGGGGUCCCUUCCUCCAGAAAUGGAUGUCCUGGCUUGAGGCUAAUGCAGACGUACGGUUCGGUGGCCUCGAAUGA